AUGGGAAGGCGCUUCUGUUGCCGGCGGCCCUUGCGGGUGGUGGCAAUUCUGGGUGCUACGCUCCUGCUCCUGUGCGCAGCGCCUCGUGCCCUGCGUCCUGCAUUUGAAAACAAAACUCUGGGCUUCAGCUGGUUUGGAGGAGUGAGGAAGAGUCCCCUACAGCUGUUGCGUGACCUGGACCAGGGUUUGCCCUCCGCGAUGGCUGAGGUGCACAAGCAGCGGCGUGAGCUGCUCCGCCGGGCCUGCAGCCGCUACACUCGACGCCAACGCCUGCUGCAGCCGGAGGACCUGCGACACGUGCUGGUGGACGACGCACACCGGCUGCUGUACUGCUACGUGCCGAAGGUGGCUUGCACCAACUGGAAGCGCAUGCUGCUGGCGCUGCGCGGCCGUGGGGACCCAGGCGCGAUCCCUGCGCACGAGGCGCAUGCGCCUGGCCUGCUGCCCUCGCUGGCCGACUUUGCGCCGGCUGAGGUCAACCAGCGGCUGCGCGACUACCUGACCUUCCUCUUCGUGCGCGAGCCCUUCGAGCGCCUGGCCUCAGCCUAUCGCAACAAGCUGGCGGGGCCACACAGCGCGGCCUUCCAGCGGCGCUAUGGCACGCGCAUCGUGCGUCGCCUACGGCCGCACGCGCAGCCCGACGCGCUGGCCCGUGGCCACGACGUGCGCUUCGCUGAGUUCCUGGCCUACCUGCUCGACCCGCGCACGCGCCGCUACGAGCCCUUCAACGAGCACUGGGAGCGCGCGCAUGCGCUAUGCCAUCCGUGCCUAGUGCGCUAUGACGUAGUGGGCAAGUUCGAGACGCUGACAGAUGAUGCAGCCUUCGUGCUGGACCUGGUGGGUGAGCCUGGCCUGCGCUUCCCUCCUUCGCCACGGAGACGAGAGAAAGACCUCACGCGCGAUCAGGCCCAGCGCCUUUUCCAGGACAUCAGCCCCUUUUACCAGCGUCGCCUCUUUGACCUCUAUAAGAUGGACUUUCUGCUCUUCAACUACUCCGCCCCCUCCUACCUGCGGCUGCAAUAA